AUGAGAAUUGGGGCCUUCACUAAGGAGAACGUUAGAGUAAGUGUUCCUUAACACUUGGAGGAGGUCUCGAUUCUUUAAAAUUAAUUCGAACACUCUGAAAUUACUUAAUCGAGUAGUCUUUUCUGUUCUGGGCAUACUUCCUGUUUUGUCUAAAUCGACCAGAAUGUUGAUGUCAAAUAUUUCUUUCACUUUUUGUGGACAUGGUUUGCCCAUAGAGUCGAAUUAAGCAUUCGAAACGACUAAAUUGGAAACAAUUUGGGGAUGCUUUCCUUUAGACAAUUACUCUACAACAAAGUAAGUACAAUUGUUUGAGGGCAAGUCUUGUCCCGGUCUUCAUGAGUACUUACUAUUCUUGUAAAAGUACGUUGUAGUAUUCCAUGAUUGUUUACCUCGCAUUUCAGACCGUAUAAAGUCCGCGAAUUAGGAAAAACAGGGGUUUAUUGUGUAUCCGUCCAUAUUAUAUAGCAGGCAGAUGUUUUUGUAAAAAAGUGUAUUUUAUGUGAUUUUUACAUUUUUUCCAUACAAAAUGUAAUCUUUUGAAAUUUUUCUAAAAAUCUUGGAUUUACGGGUUUUCGAUAGGGCUGAAAAAAAAUGAUGUUCAUUGUUUUCUGAUUUCUAUAUAGGUCUUUUACAGAGUAAAGCAAAAGUGUAAUUUCUAAUUCUUUUCUCCAAAAAUAAUAGAUUUACGGGCAAUCCGGAUCACUGAUUACGAAAGUAAUAUUGAUUAAAAGAAUGAAAAUGAUUUUUGUAAUCAGCACCGUCGAGAACCCAUAAAUCCAGCAUUUUUAGAAAAAAUUCAUAACAUUAAAUUUUUACUUUAUUCUGUAAAAAAGUCAAAAUCACAUAAAAGACACUUUUUACAAAUAUAUAAAUGUAUUGAUGAUAUUUAUUUGCAUGAUUUUUACUAGUACGUUAGCAAAGUCGCUGGAGUCACUUCGGCGGCAUGCACUGUGCAAGAACAGAGAGGGUGCGAACGACAGCCCGAAAAAGCCUAUUGCACGGUGCAAAAACCAACAAAUUGCACAGUGCAAGGUGAAAUUUUGUUUUCGCACAGUGCAUGUCGCGAAAAACACUGCGACUUUGCGAACGGACUAGUAGAAAUGUGCCCAUUAUGUCAUCUGCAUGGCUUCGAAGGGCAUCUGCAUUUAAUCUUAGGGCACUUUGUUCCCGCCGGAAUCACUGUGGGAUACGUCAGAAGUUUUAUUCAAAGAAUAUUUUCGGCCCUUUGGCUGUCAAGAAACGGCCAUAAUUUUCUGAAUUUGCAGGAUUUUUCGCUUGAUUUAUGGCUGAUAUUUAAAGGCGGAUUGAGGUUUACGCAGUUUACAAUUUCCAUAAGAGGGUAUCCAUUAGCGGGAUCCAAAAAAAAAGGAAUUUCAAAAAUACCGCCUGAGGCGUUAUUUGAACGAUGUAUUAUGUAAUAAAAGGAGAUUGGGUUCAGACUUAUUAGAUUGUAUACUGUAACAUGCCAACUAAUUCCAUCUAUGCUCGCUACAAAGAGGUAAAUAGAACUAUUAUAUAAGAUCUGAAGGCUCAGGUUGAAGUAAUGUUCGGAUAAUUCGGGGAUUAUCACCUCGUGGGUACGUACCCGGGUAUAUUCCCGUGGGUAUUUCCCCUAAAAUUUUACGCUGAUUCAGAAAAUCAAAUAACUAUCAGCUUGCUGUUAAAAACAAAAAUCUAACGGCCGAUUUUUAGCGGCCGAAUUCCUCUUAUUCUAUGUUACAGUAAUCUUGGUUCCGAAAAAUCUCUUUUGUUGAACGUGCUUUCUGAAAAAAAAUUUUUAUGGCCGAUGUUGUGGAACAAAGGUUUCAUUAUGUUACAGUAACCCAAAUGCCAAAAUUUAACUUCCGUUGUAAUGGCAAGAUGCCAGUACCUACAUAGUUCCCCAAUCGUCCACCCCCGACCUCUGAAUACAAUUUUGUUUUUCUGAAGGUUUCAAUGUCACGUCAUACUUAUGUUAGUAAUGAUCAUGACAACAUCGUCCAGAUCACCCAGGAAAUUUCCCACUUCAAAACGGAUUCCAUUUUUGGAUUCCUGAUUGUUGAAAACCCCAGAAAAGAAUAAAGUUGUAAAUGUUAAAAUCUUAACAAUGUUACGUCAGAUUUAGUAGCCAUUAGUACAGUAUUGUAUAUUUAUUCGCCUUCAGUACAAUAUUUUCUUCAUCACCCGAGAAAUCUCCUAAAAUGCAUCACCGGAAAAGGAUCACCCGGACUUGCACAACCGGACCCUGCGUCACCCGUAAUUUCAGUCACCCUUUGGGUGUAUAUACAUAUGUACAUAUAUAACCCUCUAGGUUAAAGGUUUCUCAUAAAUUUGAUUUUACAGUUUGUUUUAUUAUUCUGACAUUAUGUACACGUGUCUUUCUUAGAGCAGAGCAUUUAUUUUUGCCUUGGGUAAAAUAAAUACUCAGGACUCUUUGAAUGACUGUUUCCGGUGUUUCCUUAAACGGCGUUUUCCCUCUUUUUUUAACUUACUGUACCGUUUAAGGUAAAAUGGGUAUGUUGAGCAGGUCUCACCGUCUUUUCCGGUCUGUUCAUGUCAUCAACAAGGUAGAUUAAGUCCAUCAAAUUUUCCUCAAAUCUACGAUAAUUCUUGUUUCAGGCCUCCCCGGUCAUCGUUCAUCUUUUGAUGAUCUUUGGAGUUGCACUUUAUGCAAUAUUUGGCGCUUUAAUUAUGCAGAAAUUGGAGACGAAAAGGGUGGGCGAAGGCGACAAGAGCCGGAGUAAUCGGAUGAUAAGAAUGAACGAGCCUUUUCCAGAGAUUAAUCAAUCAGGCAAGCGUUAUGAGUUUAGUUGACAACAAGAUCUUUAGAUAGUAACCACGAAAUCAGACAACGAACUCAAUUGGGACAAGAUAUCAUCGAUACUGAGACCAGAAGGAAGAGAGAGAUGGCCCUUGUUUCGAGAUCCCGGAAAUGCGUUGAAAGGGCGUUGCAGCGGUUGAUGGAAUAUCAAUGCAAUCUUCUGAUUUUGGACAGAAUGACGGUAAAAAUGAUUGACAGAUGCUAUCAUGUAACCGGUCAGAAUGCACCCGGAUUGGAGAGUAUUGCCUUUAAGUAUACACAUGAUGGAUUACAAUUGGGUAAGGAGUAGUUUAAUUAUAUUAACUUUUAGCCGAGGAUCAAGUAGAAUAUGUGGAGCCCUGGUCGUUCUCCGACUCGAUCCUCUUCUCCUUUACUAUAAUCACUACCAUUGGCUACGGGAAUCUGGCUCCGAGGACCUUUCAAGGCCGUCUUUUCUGUAUCCUCUAUGCUCUUAUCGGCAUCCCUUUCACUUUAUUGGCCAUCGCUGAUCUGGGGAAAUUCUUUUCAGAAUUAAUCGAAACUUUUGAUUACUAUUCGAGAAGAUUCCAACGGUAGGAACAACAGUUUUAAAAAUUUCUUUAGAAAAUUGAAGAAAAUGUACCGCCGGAAAAGAGGAUUUGAGUUUGGAUCAGCUCUUUCAUUAACAAAGUCCUCCUUCAAGAACGAUGACAUCUCCUCGAUAGAGAAUGGUGAGAUGAUUCAAUCUCUGGAUGACAUGAAAGAUGGGAUUAAAUCAGACGUGGAUCAUGAGAGCAAUAAAAAGCCACUUGAUGACGAAGAUGAGGAAGAUCAGCCAAUCAGCCAUGGCCUUCCUUUAUUGGCCAUUUUUGUCAUCUACUCUUUCACCGGGGCUCUUCUGAUGUCCGCAUACGAACCUGAUAUGAGUUUCUUUAAAGCCCUUUACUUCAAUUUCAUUACCUUGACGUCAAUUGGUUUGGGUGAUGUCGUGCCCAAAAGUGAGUCAUUCAUGGUGGUGACCCUGCUUUACAUUGCAAUUGGGCUGGCCUUAACGACCAUUGCCAUUGAUAUUGCCGCCGAUUACUUGAAGAAAUUACAUUACUACGGGAGGAAGAUUGAGAAUGUCGGAAAUGUGGUCAUCUGGUUUGGAGGGAAAACGUGAGUAAUUGGUAUUCAUUGCGCAAAAAAACGAUGAAUAUAAUUUAAUUUCAGUUUAACAAUGAAACAACUAGUCAAAAACCUCGGCGAUCAAUUCAAUUUGCCUGUGAAUACAAUAGAUAAUUUGAAUUUGGAUAAGUUUGUGGAUGACGCGAUAAAAGUUGAGGACGGGGAGAUAGAGACCCUAAGGCCCCCUCCAUUCGAACCGGAAGAUGUUUUCGUGGAGAGUGAGGUGGGAUAUGCUGAUGAAGAGACGGAGCCCUGGUCCCCAAUGAAGACUCCCACGCCUUCUCCAUCUCCAGAGCCCUCACCGGAACCGCCUAUGGAACCUACUCCACCACCAUCACCUUCCCCAUCUCCUGAGCCAUCUCCAAAAGAAACCACUCCCGAACCUGAACCCGAACCAGAGCCUCAGAGGGAUCUCACACCUGAGCCGAACCCCUCCCCACCUCGGGAGCCCACUCCUGAGCCGGAACCAGAGUCACCAUCUCCACCUCCGUGUAAGGAAAUAUAUUUUCAUAUAUAUACUUUUAAUACCAUUAAAUCCGUUUCUAGCUCUCACAGCAGAGGAAUUGGCCGCUCAGAAACGGAAAGCCUACAGUGAAGAAGCAUGGAGGAGAUAUCAGGAAUAUCAGAAGGUAAGAGGAGCUCGUUUACCCUUACAUCUGUCUUAGCAAUGGAAGAAAUUCAGACAAACUCAGUUCGUGAACCCGGCCACAGGACGUCGGCGGUCGUCUACUCGCUCUCAGGUCAAGUCAGAGAAAAGUUUGGAGAAUUCUGGUUCAGCCACCAGUCCAACUUCCAGUAAAUUGCUCGCCCCGCCAAACGAAAUGAAAACUGAAUCUAGUAAGAAGACAGUAACUGAAGUCAAGAUCACUACCGUAAGAAGGUAGCAAGAAAAAAAUUUCUGUAAAUAAAUCGUAAAAUAACCGGAUACUGUACACUUGUUUCCUAAUACACUACUACGUAUAUUGACUUGACAUUUAUCCCGAAGAGUCAUAAAUAGUAGUUGAAAUAACAAUGAAGUGAUGGAUGGUAAGCCAACAAAGACUCAGAACCCAUUCCAAUACUUUUUUUUGUAGCCAUCGUAACCAAUUUCCAUUUUUUUUGUAUUCUAGAGGUGAUCAAAAGACUUGAAUCAUACCCGUCGACCCAGAAUGUUUGCCUUAUUGUUUAGAGCGGACUUAAAUUUGUUCGCUUUCCCUCUAAUUUCAUUUAAUUUGGUGAGUUUAACGAAGAGUUUUGGGCUCAUGGAAUACCCGGGAAUGUUUUCUUAUCCCCAUGAUAUCUCCUACCUCUCCCUGGACUCCAGAACUCGACAAAAUGGAUAUAAUUCCAUUGAAUUUGAGAGUCGAUUCCGACCCACGCAGAGGAGUCAUCGGUACUUUGAUGAACUUUUCAAUCGAUUCCAACCUCAGGUAGUUUCACUUUUAAAUUAAAUUUAAAAUAAUUAAUUAUUAUUUUUAGCGGCGCUCCAUUCUCUCCCGAAGUCCCGUAGCCACGCCAAAACGUGUGUCUUUUAUCGGUAAAUCAACAAUUCCAUAAAAGGAUCUUAAUUUAGAUACCAUUGAUAACAACAGAUCCUCCCAAAGAUCGUAUGAUUAUAAAUACGAUCACAGCUUCAAAUCUGACGAUUCUCUUAACGUUGAGAGAAGAUAUUCAGAAGAUUGUAAGAAGACGGUGGUCGAGGAAGUGGUCGAACCAGUGGGCAGACCCUUGGGGAGGUUGAGAGAUCCGCUGUGGAGAGAUUACGGUAACGUUACGCUCAUAUUUUCCAAGCACUUUUUUGCAGAUUUAAACAAUAACAACAGCAGCAUCGCUUAUUCGCUUAACACUUUUCCGAAUACUAACACGGUGUCUAAAGAACUGACGGCAGAUAAAAAUGUUCUUAAUUGUCAUCAAAAUAGAUCUCGAAAUAGUAAAGGGAAUUUUGAGAAUAGCUUAGAGUACAAUAAGGAGACUGAAUUGGGACUUGUUGGUGAUGCUUGGGAAGAAAAACGGGCAGAUCGAGUGACAGAUUCUGAGAGAAAAUUGGAACCGAGCAAAAAUUAUAUUGAUGUAUACAAUCACGUGCCGAAACUUAAAAAUAAAAUUGAAAAUUCUAUUCCAACCAUCGAAAUAACUGAAAAAAGAAUUGGUCUCGAGGUGGUUGAUUAUAAUGCCGAAUUUGGGACAGUAGGCGAUAGUUUAGGGACACAUUUUGUAAUUUUUGAACGGCCAAUUUCGAGUAAUCACGCUACUUUUGAGAUUCCAAAACCAAGAUUUAAAUCGAUUUCAUGUCAAACUGAAAAGGAAUUAGGGCCUGAGGCAAUGAUCGAUUCAAUAUUAUAUAAGGAUGUGAGUACUGUAACGACUUUUGACGAAAUUUAUUUGCAUAAGUUUAUGAGGAAAAAAGAAAUCAAAAAUAUUAAUUUUGAGCCGGAAAUUCAAGAAGAUGAGAACUAUUAUCAUCAAAUAGAUCCACAUAUAGAAAAUGAAUUGUCUCAAGAUACUGAGCAAGUUUUGGAUGAAAGAAAGAAUUACGAAAAAAUUUAUUAUAACUCAAAUUUUCGACGAGUGGAUGACAGUAAUUACACCUACAUAUACAUCCAGGACACGGAAUUAGAACAAGUUGAGAGUAGUUUUAGACAGUUAGAGAGUAGAAAAGACGUAAAAGAAGAAGAAGAAAACAUUUAUUUUAAUAUUGAAAAUACCAUCUACAAUGAAGUAGAGAGCAAAUUUGUGACGACUUUUGAGACUUUUAACGGCCGUAGAUUUGUUUGCGAAUUCGAUGACAUAAAUAGAAUUGAAAGGAAAACCCCGGAGACUACUUGUAGAACAGAAAGGGUAACAACGCCGACCACUUUUCCUAGAGUUGUUAGUAAAAAGAAGAAAAAAACAAGGCAAUGUUUGAUAAAAGAGGCCCUUUACUUUCUAAAUGGAACUCCUUUUUGGGAUAAGACUAUUAAAAUCAAAAAUAUAAAGAAGCAUCAGCAAUUGUAAUUCUUCUCUCCUUCUAUUAAUGUGCCAUAAUUCAGAUUGUUUUUGUCUUGGUGAUGGUAAACGUUAUUUUACCCUUUAGAUCCCAUCACUCCUCUUCCACUCAGAUCAAACUUUUGCGAUUACGGUAGGUUACUGUAACAAAUUUUAUAAACAAAAUGUUUAGAUCGACGUGGAUAUUCAUAUGAUUCGAAUCUGAGGAAAGGUAGGUGUUGCUGAUUCAAAAAUAAUAUAAUUUCAGCUCACUCUCUGUCCACUUUCCAAUACGAUGACUAUGAAGAAAAGAGGUAAAUUACUUCAAAUAUUCGUAUCCAAUUUUAUAGUUAUGAAAGACGAGUGGAAGGUGCAGAUCCUUGGUACGAUCGGCGUUGCUAUCGUCUCCAUUAA